AUGCUUGUGAUUAUGUGGAGUUUUGAGUGUAUACAUGGAGACAACGAUACGAAGUUUCUAGGCAAGCAAUCAAAUGGCGAAACCAUUCGUCGGAAGAACUACACGAAUUUCAACACGAAAGGUGUCGACAACUCUGAAAGGAGCAAUAGAAAAGGGAUGUGCUCCAUUGUGCUUGAUCCACGUUCCAUCGUGGAUUCGUUAUCCUUUCUGAAGGUAGACAUCAAUGUAGAGGAUAUUAUUCGGCCAAGGGCUGAUCGUAUCCAGAACAUCUACCAUUCGUUCUGCACCCAAGUUCUCGAAGUUCCGGAAAAAUCAUUGUCGGAACUUCCGUUUGAAUUCAAUACCAAUUCGGAAACCGCAGAAAUACAUCACAGGAGCACUCCUCUUGUUCUGUUGUUUACGACGAUGUGGCGGUGUUUUAUAACGGACUUUGGGGACGAUUCGUGUGACUUCACUAUGUGCGAUCUGAUCAACCCACAACCAAAACGGACACGAAGGUUGCUCUCAGUUGUUGCGGAUUUUGCUGAUUUCUAUAUGGCAUGUUUUCGUAUUUCCCUACUUAUUUUUCUUCUAGGAGUGAAAGCGUCACAUGCGUUUGAAAAAACUAGAGCUGAAUACGACGAUGCGCGACGAGCAAUCAGUACUGCUCAGGAGGAAGUGCGCCUGGCUGAGGAACGGAAGAAUACACUUCUUAAUGAGCAAGGCAUUAGGAAGAGGAAAGAAAACGAGCUGUUGGCAGAGCUAAACUCGAAACAAGCUGCACUGAGGGAGUUAUGGAAGGAAGGAGAGUUAUGUGAGAAGAGAAGAGAGGCUGUCUGGAAUUCGAUCAAGGAUGGAAGAGAGGAAAUAGUGAACCUUAGAAGAGAACUCAAAUCACUUAGUAGUAAAAUCGAUCAUGUAUCCAACGGAAUUAUUAAAUCUCCUACUCGAUUUCUUCGCGAUGUUGAAGACCAGAGAGCAUCGAUUAAAAGUCUUCAAAAACAGUGUGACACUGAAAGACAGCGAAUUUGUGAUAAUGAGGAAGCCAUUAAAGUUGUCGAGCAAAUUUCCAAGGCGCUUGAUGAGCUCUCUAAGAAAGGGGAUCAGCUUCGUGAUUGGCAGAAGCUGAUGAUAUCAAGCGAAGAGCAAGCGAAAACCCAUGACCGUACCUACGCACUUUAUAGUUUAAGACUGCAGGAUUUGAAAUCAAGAAUGGAGGAAUUGAGUAGUGUGGUUAAAAAGUUACGAGAACAUGGCUGUUCUGGGCGAAAUGAACUGUCACAAUUGAAAAAAGAGCUGGUGAGACUACGAAACGAAAAAAUACGGGAGGAAGAAACUGUGCGUACAGCAUGCCUGGAGCUUCAUCGAUUGUUUAAUGAUUUACUAGAGAAGACAAAUAUAAAAUUACAGUACCAUCGAGCCGAGGAGAAGUUCAAUAUGGAGUCGAAGUUAUUCUCAGAUGUGCUUCAUUCAAUAUCUUGCGCCCUAGACGACACUGAGCACGCAGGAAGUGAUGAAGUAAUAUGA